UCUGUUUACAAACAACAGGACUAGUUCAAAAAAAAAUGAAUGGUUUUCAAAGAUAUGUUCAGGUUGGGCGCAUCAUUUUAUUGAAAGCGGGACCUCAAAAAGGCAAGUUGGCUGCCAUUGUCGAUAUUAUUGACCACAAGAGGGUGAUUGUUGAUUCUAUCUGUCAAGAAUUUCCUCGUCAAAUUGUUCGCCUUAGUCAAGUUACCCUCACAUCUAUUGUCAUGAGUAUUCCCCGCGGUGCUACUAGUGGAAUUGUUGCGAAAAAGUGGCAAGCUCAAAACAUUUCACAAAAAUGGGCCGCUACAGCUUGGGCUAAGAAGUUGGAGGCUUUGAAAACUCGUAGCCAACUUGGAGAUUUCGAGCGUUUUGCUGUAGUACGCUACAAAAAGCAACGUCGUAAUCAAGUCCAGCUUGCUGUCGCCAGUGCAUAAGGAAUGUUGUCCAUUGUAUACUAGUAAAAAGCCAGACUUAUAGACAAAGUUUAUACGUCUCCAAAAAAAAAGGUAACAAAACUGCAAGGGCCAUGAAUCUAUGCAUAGAUAAUUACAAAUAAAAGAUUGAAUUGGAUACUAUAUUCUUUUCUACGUUCGCUUCAUUGAAAGAAACUCGCAAGAAUUUGAAAUCUCUUCACCGAUUUGUUUACAGAAAUAGCAUAAUGCACUGCGUUUUCUAAUCUGUAUUAAAAAUAUUUGCUGGAGGUCGUAAAAUAGUUUAUCCCCCCUUAUAGCUAGACUCGUAGAGCCCUAGUCCGCCCUCUAAUCGUUUCAAGUUAUGUCUAAUAGGAGUUAAAAGCGUUUGAUUUAUUACGGAUUCAUUGUCAAAAAGGAAACUAUACAACGUUUUAUUUAAUUGUUGAUUUGCAGUA